UCCGUUGAAUUCCGUGAACGUUGCCUCAAAAUCAUUUCGGACCGCCACGAAGACCUAGUAGCCAAGUUUGGUGCCAUCAUAGCCUGUGGCAUUCUUGAUGCCGGCGGCUGCAAUAUGACCAUCUCCCUUCAGACCCGAACUGGCAAUGCAAACAUGGCUGCCGCAGUGGGGUUGUUAGUCUUCCAGAAUUUCUGGUUCUGGUACCCACUGACCAACUUCAUCAGCUUGGCUUUCUCACCCACAUGUGUUAUUGCCCUGAAUAAGGAACUGCAGAUGCCCAAGAUGGACUUCAAAUCCAACGCCAAACCGUCCACCUACGCCUAUCCACCACCUCUGCGUGAGUUUUGCCUGUCCUUAUCCCAAAACUGCUCGUGUCUGGCUUUUGCUUGUUUGCAGUAG